AUGUAUACUAAAUGUGAUCGUCCAGAAGGCUACGACCUUAAAAUUACGACAAUAAUAUUGGUUGGGUCCAAGGUAUCCAGAAACCUGAAAAAAGAAGCGGGAAAUGGCCGCGACGGCGGCUGCAGCGACGACAACGGCGGCAGCAGCGGAUACGGUUGUAUUGAGUGUGCGUCGCUCUCGGCGAAAACGAGCUGGACAUCGGCAGCGGCCACUUUGGCGGCCAUCGUUAUAUUUUGUGGACGACUCGAACGACACCGAAACAGCGUUUCGGCCGGGCCGCCGACAGAGCCGGUUCGCCGUGGCGGUGAUUCCGGUUACGGCCGAUGCGGCGUGGUGAUGAUCGCCCACGGUGAACACCGCAAGACAGCCGCGGCCGGGCACUCGUGCGCGGCCUUGCUCCUUGUAGCGCUGGCCGUGCUCUGUGUGGCCGCACCGACGACCGCUGCAAGCAACGAGGUGGACGGCGUUAGCGGCGACGAAGGGUCCACCGGCGCGCCAGACUUGUGCGGCACUCCGAAGGACCUGCCGCUGGUAGGCACCAAGGGCGUGAUCACCACGCCGAAUUUCCCCGGUCCGUUCACGGUCCCCAUCAAGUGCGAGUGGGUGAUCCAAGCGGACGCCGCGGCCAUCGAGACCACGAUCGAAGUGUACUUCACGCAGCUGUUCGUCACCGACGGGCUGACCAUCACCGAGUACUCGCAAUAUCCCCCCGACUUUGGCUUCGUCACCGUGCGCGAGGUGUUCAACAAGUCGCACAUCACGCAGUACGGCCAGUCCAUGGUAUCAACGUUACCGUACCUGGUCAUCCGGUUUCAGCUGGACCGGUUGCAGGGCAACCACAUACGCGUGCACGACGACCUGAUGGACGUGUACGGUUUCAACAUCACGUACGAGAUGAGGCCCGCCGGAAACGAGCGAAGCGACGUGUGCAGUCUGUACCAGUGCUCGUACUCGGGAAACUGUCUGGGUAACGCCGACCUCACAGAAUAUAAAUGUUCAUGUUUUCCUGGAUUUUCUGGCGAGGAUUGUGGAUAUGGUCCUAUUUGCAAGCUGAACAAUACAGAUUCCUGCGAGAACGGUGGAGUUUGCAGACACGUCGGCCGGUCGAUCGCGAUAUGCAAUUGUCCUGCUGGAUUCACGGGCGGAAAAUGUGAAGUACCCGUGGUCAACGUCACUGCUGAAUGCGGUUCGUCUAGCAUUUGUAUACAGCAAUGCAAUAUUAACAAAGAUGUUAUUGAUACAACUUCUGAUAGCCCAUGUCCUUGUAACUUGUAUAAAAAUCAUUCAACACCCAUAGGUAAGUCAUCACAUUGUUAUAAUUAA